CGCGUGUGUGUGUCUUUUUGGAAGCAGUGAAGGGAGCUGACCGCCCUGGAAAGCGCUACAUGACUAUCAUUCCAGACCGGUCAGUGUCACGAUUGUGAGGGGCAGGCUCAUCAAGGCCUUGGCAAGGUGGCACCACCAUUUGCAGUGUCAUUGUCAAGAAAAUUGCAAAACAUCCUCAUGGCUGCCUGCAAGACCGCUCUGCAACGCGUUGGGAAGCAGAGCGGCCUUUCCCGCCUGCUCCGUCCGCACAAUUCUUCCAACUUAGCCAUAAAGGCUUGCCCUUUAACGAAGUCGCAAGUCCCGAAACAACUUUCAAGUUGCAAACUCAGAGCCCUCAGCGAGGAAACCAAUUGGAAGACACCUUUGACUAGUCCCAAUGCACCACCAUUUAGCAUUCUCCACUCAAACCACUCCUGCACCUUUCACACCGCGCUUGGAGGCCGGCGUCAACCUAGAACUAGCCAUGGUGGGGAAAAUAGCACCACCAGGAACGUCCGCACUGAAGCUGCCAACUUCGAAUUAGAUGCCCCCACCUCUGAGUUUCGCUACUUUGCAACUUGCACCCCCGGUCUCGAGAAGAUCGUCGCCGAAGAGCUGGCGUCUCCACUGAUCGAUGCUCAGAACGUAUCCCCCGCAAGGGCGGGAGUAGCUUUCAUGGGGGAUUUGGCCGUGGGUUACCGCGCUAACCUCUGGUUAAGGUGUGCGGUGCGGGUGCUCAUUCACAUGGCGGAGGGAGAACUUGUGCCAUGGCGGCCGGCGGGAGACGAGGUGUACGAUUUUAUCAGGGGGGCGGUUGACUGGCAAGCGCUGCUGCUGGUUGGCGGGCGAAAUGGUGCACGUCGUUUCAAGGAAUCCCAACUGCGCACGUUCUGGGUUGACGCACGCGUCUGGGAUUGCUCUAACGUGACCCACUCCGGCAUGGUCUCCGUACGAGCCAAAGACGCCAUCUGCGAUGCAAUCAGGGACACCUGCCAAGGUCUCAAGCCACCCCCCCCAGAGAACGGCGCCAAUGAUGCCGACCUCCCUUUAUUCCUCACACUCUACCGUGAUAAGGCCACCCUGUACCGGGACAUGAGCGGCGUCAGUCUGCACAAGCGGGGGUAUCGGGAUGCGAUGCACCGCGCAAGUUUGAACGAGGGGGUCGCAGCUGGGAUGCUGAAACUGGCGGGCUUCGGGGCAGGGGGUUUCCGAGCGAAAAGGAAGGGUGCUGAAUCUGGGGGAGCCGGAGCUUCGCCAGAAAGGGGGUCCGGUCGGCGGGAUAAUUAUGACCCGGAGGACGGAGGGGAGUCAAGACAGGGGGUAACGUUAGCAGACCACAAUAUGUCCUCAGCAGCAACUGCUGACGGAGGUCUGACGUCAGCAGCCCUAGAAGUGCCAGAUGGGAACGGGCGGCGGUUGGAGAGUCAUGCGGAGGCGAGUGCGAGCGGGCGGGGGGAUGCUGAUGAGGCGCAGGGGGGCGCUGACGUGGCGCAGGUGCUGCUGGACCCGAUGUGCGGCUCGGGGACGCUGCUCAUCGAAGCGGCGCUAAUGGCGGCCAAUACAGCGCCGGGCUUGCUGCGGAGACGGUGGCCGUUUGAGAGCUGGCCCGACUUCGACGAGCAGUUGUGGAGGCAGUGCGUGCGCGACGCCAGGUCGCACCAGACUGACUGGCCGCAGGGCCUCCGCCUCCUGGGGAACGACAUCCACCCGGGGGCGCUCGAGCUGUGCAGGAAGGAUGCGACCGCUGCGCGCAUGAUAGACGCGAUCACGCUCUCGCAGGAAGACUGUGUGCGCUACGUUCCGCCGGCCAAGCCGACGCACGUCGUCGUAAACCCGCCGUGGGGGCUGCGGCUAGAAACGCUAGACAGGGAAGCCCAAGAGGAUGAGCACUACAUGCUCGCAUCGGCGUACCAAAAGCUGGGCGCGUUUCUCAAGGACCAAUGCACGGGGGCCGACGUUUUCCUGCUAAGCGGCAAUGCUGACGCGACCCGGAACAUGCGCCUGCGGGCCGACCGGAAAUGGCCGCUCUCCGUGGGGGGGAUCGACUGCAGGGUGCUGCACUACAAGGUCCUACCCCCCCUGAGCGAGGAAGGGAGGCGGGCCAUCGCGGAAGAUAAGGAGGCGCGGAGACAGGGGGGUUCGCAAGAGGGGGGUUCGAAAAGCGGGCGGAAAGAGGGGGGGGCAAGGUAUGGGGUUCGGGAGGGGAGGCCGUUAGAGGAUUCGAUCAAGGGGCGGAACACUGGAGGGAGAGGGGGGGGUGUAAAGUUUGACUGGAGGGAUGACGUUGACGUUGAGAAGGCGGAAAGGUCGGAACGUGACAGGGAGAGCAAGACGAGCGUAUGGUCCUAAAAAGAGUUUUAAAAAGGAGUGCAGUUCCUGAAUUGGUGCUUGCAGCGGCUCGUAAGGAUAUCCAGACGUGUUUGCACCAACUUCAGAGACUUGUUUUUGUAAGGGAUUUUGGUCUGACAGUCUUUUUUGGACAAGAUAAACGAAGAGAUGCCCGAACGGCCACAUUCAAAGGUUUCCUUCAAGGCAUCACGAUCGGAGCUGAUACAUGCGUCGGUGCUUGUGAGCUUCCACUUAUUCAGAAAAACCGAGUCAACUUAAUUGAUUAAGUCAUGCAUUUGAAGUGCAGUCACU